GCUCGCGGCCUGAGCGGAGGAGGCCGUCGCGGAGGGCGCUGGGGGCGGCGGCCGCGCGGCGGGGGCGGCCGCGGGGCGGCGACGCGGGCUGCGCGCGCGCCGGGACCCGACGUCUGCGCGGAGGGGACAUGAACGCGGCCGACAAGGCCCGGCUGGGGCCCGCGGCCGACGGGCCGGCGCCGCCCGAGGACGAGGAGGGCGAGGGGGGCGGGAAGGAGCCAGCGACGGACGCGGCCCCCGGGCCCAGCGCCGCGUUCCGCCUCAUGGUGACUCGGCGGGAGCCGGCCGUGAAGCUGCAGUACGCGGUGAGCGGCCUGGAGCCGCUGGCCUGGUCGGAGGACCACCGCGUGUCGGUGUCCACGGCCCGCAGCAUCGCCGUGCUGGAGCUCAUCUGCGACGUGCACAACCCGGGCCAGGACCUGGUGAUCCACCGCACCUCCGUGCCCGCCCCUCUCAACAGCUGCCUGCUCAAAGUUGGCUCAAAAUCAGAAGUUGCCGAGUGCAAGGAGAAAUUUGCCAACUCUAAAGACCCCACCAUCAGCCAGACUUUCAUGUUGGACAGGGUGUUCAACCCUGAGGGGAAGGCCUUGCCACCGAUGCGAGGAUUCAAAUACACGAGCUGGUCUCCCAUGGGUUGUGAUGCAAAUGGCAGGUGCCUCUUGGCAGCGCUGACCAUGGACAAUCGCCUCACUGUCCAGGUGAACCUCAAUAGACUCCAGUGGGUCCAGCUGGUUGAUCUGACUGAGAUUUAUGGAGAGCGCCUUUAUGAGACCAGUUAUAGGCUCUCUAAAAGCGAGGCUCCAGAGGGAAAUCUCGGGGAUUUUGCUGAAUUUCAGAGGCGGCACAGCAUGCAGACCCCAGUCAGAAUGGAGUGGUCGGGCAUCUGCACCACUCAGCAGGUCAAGCACAACAACGAGUGCCGGGACGUGGGCAGUGUGCUCCUGGCUGUCCUCUUUGAGAAUGGUAACAUCGCGGUGUGGCAGUUUCAGCUGCCCUUUGUAGGGAAGGAGUCCAUCUCCUCGUGCAACACGAUUGAGUCCGGGAUCAGCUCCCCUAGUGUUUUGUUCUGGUGGGAAUAUGAGCACAAUAAUCGGAAAAUGAGUGGCCUUAUUGUGGGGAGUGCUUUUGGACCUGUAAAAAUUCUCCCUGUCAAUCUCAAAGCAGUCAAAGGCUAUUUCACUUUGAGGCAGCCUGUUGUCUUGUGGAAAGAAAUGGACCAGUUGCCUGUGCACAGCAUCAAGUGCGUGCCACUUUAUCACCCCUAUCAGAAGUGUAGCUGUAGCCUGGUGGUGGCUGCAAGGGGCUCCUAUGUGUUCUGGUGUCUUCUUCUAAUCUCCAAAGCAGGUCUGAACGUUCACAACUCCCACGUCACGGGCCUUCACUCCCUGCCCAUUGUCUCCAUGACCGCAGACAAACAGAAUGGAACCGUGUACACUUGUUCCAGUGAUGGGAAGGUGAGGCAGUUGAUUCCCAUUUUCACAGAUGUCGCAUUAAAGUUCGAGCACCAGUUGAUUAAACUUUCUGAUGUUUUUGGCUCGGUGAGGACUCACGGGAUAGCAGUGAGCCCCUGUGGUGCAUAUCUGGCCAUCAUCACGACUGAGGGUAUGGUCAAUGGCCUUCAUCCUGUUAACAAAAACUACCAGGUCCAGUUCGUUACUCUCAAAACCUUUGAGGAGGCAGCUGCUCAGCUCCUGGAAUCUUCAGUGCAGAACCUUUUCAAGCAGGUGGAUUUAAUAGACCUCGUACGCUGGAAGAUUUUAAAAGAUAAACAUAUCCCUCAGUUUUUACAUGAAGCUUUGGAAAAAAAGAUCGAAAGCAGUGGGGUCACCUAUUUUUGGCGUUUUAAGCUUUUUCUUCUGAGGAUUUUAUAUCAGUCAAUGCAGAAAACCCCUUCAGAAGCCUUAUGGAAACCUGCCCAUGAGGACUCAAAAAUCUUGAUAGUUGACUCUCCUGGGAUGGGCAAUGUUGAGGAUGAACAACAAGAAGAGGGCACCUCUACCAGGCAGGUGACUAAGCUAGGCCUGCAGGAGAGGAGCAGAGAGGGCGACGCAGAGGAGCCCACAGAUGACUCACUGCCUCCGUCGGGAGAUGGUGGAGGCCAUGAGCCAGUGGAGGAGAAGCUUCUCGAGAUCCAAGGGAAGAUCGAGGCUGUGGAGAUGCAUCUGACCAGGGAGCACAUGAAGCGAGUCCUGGGAGAAGUGUACUUGCACACCUGGAUCACAGAAAACACCAGCAUCCCCACCAGAGGACUCUGCAACUUUUUAAUGUCUGAUGAAGAGUACGACGACAGAACUGCUCGGGUGCUGAUUGGACACAUCUCAAAGAAGAUGAACAAGCAGACGUUCCCCGAGCACUGCAGCUUGUGUAAGGAGAUCCUGCCGUUCACAGACCGCAAGCAGGCUGUCUGCUCCAACGGGCACAUCUGGCUCCGGUGCUUUUUAACCUACCAGUCCUGCCAGAGCUUGAUAUACAGACGGUGUUUGCUCCAUGACAGCAUCGCCCGGCACCCGGCUCCAGAAGAUCCUGACUGGAUUAAGAGGUUGCUGCAGAGCCCCUGCCCUUUCUGUGAUUCUCCUGUCUUCUGAAUGCAGUGGUGGAGGGCGGAAGGGCGUGAACUCUGCUGUGGAGCCUUCCCAGAGUCUGGGAAGCAGGGCCCUGGAGGACGCUGGCGCUCCGUGGAGAGGCGCUCUUCCUGACCUUCAUAGGGGCCUCUGGGAAGGCAGCGUGCACCAUCUCUGGGACUAAAGGAUAUCUUUCAAGUGACUGAAGGCUUGGUGUCAUUUUGAGAUUGGACAUUGUCCCUCAGCACCUUACCCAAUGAGGAAUGUUUACUUUUCAAGUGUCUUGAUGGAAGCAGUUUGAACAAAAAAUUGUCCUAUGGUAUCUAGGAACAUUGCGAUGUCUGCUAGAGAGUUGUAUGAGGACCUUGCUGGGGCAAGUUAGGUUUAUCCUUGCUUUAGUCUGAGGCUGCCUGGGUCUCUAGAGGGCUUGAGUUGCCUGGUAAGUGCAUUCCACGCACCAACAGAUAUUAAAAGUAUUGAAAACAAUGUGUGGGCUGAUGUUUUGCUCAGUAAGUAGCUACAGAUCUGUAUCCAGCUGACUCCUGUUUCUCAUGUACAUGGAAAACAUUUUCCUUUAAAAUUCUAUAUUUUUAAGAAGUUUAAGUUAAGACUAAAAUCACUUUUAAUGUAUCAACGAUCAGGUGACUGUUAGAAGCCAACAGUUGUGAUGUGUUCUAAUUCUCCCCUGUAUCAUCAGAUUUGCCGACACAGCUCGUUGACACAUGUGAAGAUGUGAAGUGCUCCGUUUCACCGUUGGUCCUGCUUCCAGCCCACUGUGCAACCCAGACCAGAUGCCGUGCAGAGGGAAAAUGUUUUCUUUUGCGUUAAUUGGAACUUAAGUAUUUAAUGUUGACAUUUCUGGUUGGUCACUGAGUAUCCAGGGGAGGAGUCUGUCCAGGGACUACUGGAGAGAGGGCAGUUUGGAGGUGGAGACCUUGAUUUAGUGCUGUAGAUGUGUGCGGCUGAGUUGAGCAGAGCAGAGCCUAGGACUCCUCCUCUGCAGAGCUCCUUGAUGUUUGGAAUAUAGAUAUUUGUAGGCUCUAAAGAGGAGAUGUCAUGUGUCAAUUUUGAUUAAUUGUGCUUCAAACCUAAUUUAGACAUUCUGGAAUUACAGUAUUCAUGGAUUUUUAGAAUAAGUGUCCUAGGGAUUGGUGCUAAUGAACUGGACUAAACUUUGAAGUGGUGUGUAGCUCUGGAAGGUUGAAUGGGAGCUCAAAAUACAAACUCUUCACUCUUAUUUUGUGCUUUUUUGCCUUUAUUCUGACAUAAUCUUCUGCUUUUAUUUCAUAUCCUCAGUGAAAGACAUUUUGCCUCACUCACAAAUAGUGUCUUGAUGUUGGCUGCUGCAGAAGAGAUGGGCACUGCCCAUGCUGAGCUGGUCCCUGCUGUGUCUUGGAGUUGAGCCCACAGGCUCCUCAAGCACUGCCCCGGAGUGUCUCGUCUUGCCAGGUCGUUGCUUUGUCUCCUGGGCUUAAUUUUGCAUUUGCUGGAGUCUUCUUAGAUUUCUCGUUUUGUGAUGAUUUUAAACAUCAUGUUCAUCCAGACUUGAGGGACCAACUUGUUAAAGUGACAUCCAUGGCGGAGAACCUGGCAGCAGGGCGGGCAUGUGUCACAGGUCAGAGUGCUGGCAGAAGCCGCUGGUGCCCGCAGUUGUCCAGCUCAUGGCAUGUGACAUGUACGUGGCCAGCAUGUGGGACAGCGGCAGCUCUGGUCAUCAGGCAUGCUGGGCUUCACCUGGUUCUUUGCUUCAGACUAGAGCCAUAGGAAUUCUUGGGUUUUUUUGUUUUUUGGGGGUACUGGGGAUUGAACCCAGGGGCACUCAACCACUGAGCCACAUUCUCAGCUCUUGUUUGUAUUUUAUUUAGAGACGGGGUCUCACUGAGUUGCUUAGGACCUUGCUAAUUUGCUGAGUCUGGCUCUGAACUCACGCGGUCCUCCUGCCUCAGCCUCCCAAGCUGCUGGGAUAACAGGCGUGCGCCACCUUGCGUAGCUCUAGGAAUUCCUUCUUUAUUGGGGAAUUUUGUGCUGCUGCCAUUAAAAACUUGUUAAGUUUUUAUUGAAAGCAGUUGUGCAUUUUUGAGAUUUUAACUACUAGGAUAACUAAGAAGAAUCUCUGGAAUUUAGUAAGUGUCUGUAAGAAUAAAUGUGGCGACUGACUUACUAGACCUGGUUCUCUUUGCAGGGACUUGACCCACUGGCAUUCUUAGAGUUCAGGUCUGGGCCCUGCCUAGUGUCCACAUGCCCAGUAUGGAGGCCCUCUCACAGUCUCUCCCCUAGCCACAGUGCUGGGCAGACAAGAGGAGACUUGGGGUUAAUGGUUUGAGUUUCUGGAAGGGUUGGCGUGCCGGCGACAGUGUGGUCCUCAGUGCGGCCUUGGAGAGAGGGAGCGGCGAGGGCUGUGGACUGCCCUUCCACUUCAGCUUAGCUGCGCCUCUGGGCCUUCCUAGAGUUGCCUGGGCUAUUUUGGUGUCUUUCAAGUUGAUUUUAGCUGCACCUGUGAUAACCGUGUCAGGAAUGGGUGGAAGACUAGCUGCCCUGCACUUAAGUGCAGGAGGCAGAUGCUGUACAGUGUGACCUUCGAGGCCACAGCACUGCUGCGUUUCCCAGUCUGACACAAGUGUUGCAUCAGUUUCUCUGCCCAGGGUUAAUUCGUUCCUGUUAUUCUAGAUAAGAAAAGAAAUUGAUGGUUUGUUAUGCUUGAAAUUCCCACUGAGACCUGUGUCCACCACCCAGACUUGAGGCAUUUCUACUACUAUUAAAUCUGUCAAAAGUCUAGUUAUUUCUCAGUGUCAGGAGUCAUUAGAACCCUGGGGAAGCUUGUGGCUGAGUGUCACCUUCUGCUUCUCCCUCUAGGAAGUUUUGAGCAUAUUGAUGUUGAAGGGCAUAGUUAGAUCUGUUAGCAGGUUUAACAGGUUGAUUAGGCUGAAAGAAUGUUAAAGGUUAAUAAUUAAAUAUCGAAACAUUGUUUUAUUUACAGGAGUAUCAGGGGGACGCUGGAAGGGAGGAGGGCAGCCCUGGUGGUGUGAGCGCUGCUUCCCUCCCGUGAUCAAGGUGGCGGCGGCGAGGCGGGGGCGGGAGCCAGAGUCGGUGUCGUUGUCCCUCCAGCCCUUUCUGCUCCUGUCCUCUCUUGACUGCCAUUCCUUUAGUUCCCCCAGCUGUAGGAUAUGUUCAGAGGUAACAUUUCUGUUUUGAAAGAAGAAUGAGUGAAUGAAAAAUUUUCUAACUGCUCAGCCAUGGAGUGGGGCUCCCUUCCUGGAAGAAACUGCCGUGCUCCUUUCUGAAGGUAACAGUGUUAGAACUUACUAACAACAUGGUGAGUCGUACCUGGUUUUCUUCAAGACUUAAAGUUUCCCGGUCAGAGUCCAGAGACUCGGGGGUGUAGGGCUGAGGAGUGCAGGAUUCAGCUCCUCACCACCUCCAGACCCCCUGCCUCCAGCCAGUAGCUUGCUUCCCCAGCAGGAGCUCUGGUUGAGGCGCAGCUGAGUGGGUCCUGCUCAGCCAGGACCCCUGCAGCUGGCCAGGUGGGCAGCAGCGCUGCAGUCGGUGCACCCUGCGUGGCCUGGCGUGAGCAGGGCUCCCGCAGCUCCUGAGCGCAGCGCCGUGCACACCGCGCUGCAGUCUCCCAGCCUUCCCCUCCUGGCUCUCGGGCCGAAGGGCUCCCCAGAAGGGUGCAGCCGAAGCAGGUGGCUUUGGUUUUUAGUGAAAGCAUCAGUGGCCCCUGAAACAGAUUUUAGAUCGUCACAAGGCUCUCAUAGUUCCUGGACUUUCUGGAAGCUGAGAGUCUUGGCAGUGAUGUCUGCUGCAUGUGUGGUAACCACCACCGCUGCUCAGUCUAAACGCAGAGCACAUGAAACUGUCCCUAGUUGCUUCCAUGGGAGGCACUCCAACAGCCGGUGCUCAGCAGGGUUUUUCUAGGCUCCAGGACUUGAGGGCCGUUCCUCCGUGCAGAUGGCAGUAUCAGGACAAGCUGGCUGGGCUGCCUGGCGGGAGGGCGCAGCCUCACCUCUGCUUCUGUGGGCUGGUUAAAUGGUGCAGUGGCAAUGGGCCAGCUUAGCAGAGGAAUGGGGUUUCUGUAGCGUCAGUUCCUCUGGUGUGGAGGUUCCGUCCUGGCCCCUCAGCUGCUUGCUGUCCCUCCUUCCUGACCUGCAGGUGGGGAGCUUGUCUGCUCCAGGGGAGAGGCCACCCAGGUCGGGGUCCUCGCUUACGCAGAGCCAGGGCCCUGGAUCUCCAGCAGCCUCUGAGGGCUUGUUUGUUCUUUCUCAAGAAAGACUUCGGAAGGGGAAGGGUGUCCCUGUCCCGUGGAAGUCGUCACGGUGCGGCUGCCUGGUGCAGUUCUGUGCAUGGGUUGGGAGAUGAGCUCCAGGGUUCUAAGUGUCAUCGUGAGACCCUGUGUCUCAUGCAGAAAAGGUGCUGGAAGACCACCAGAGUGGCCGGUGUAAGGGGCAGUGUACUGCUGGGUCCUUUGCUCCUGGUCAGUUGAUGUGUGGACAGGGCGAGCGCUCGGGUCUCUCUCUCUCUCUCUCUCUCUCUCUCUCUCUCUCUCUCUCUCUCUCUCUCUCUCUCUGUCUCUCUCUCUCUGUCUCUCUCUCUCUCUCUGUCUCUCUCUCUCUUUGGCACUAAUGCAAAAUUAAAUGCAAAAUGUCAAUGAAUUUGUCUUUUUCAAGGCUUUGACUCAGAUUUGUACUUUGAUAUAUGAAAGUGAGUAUUAAACUUGUUUAUAUGGAAAUAAGGCUAUAGAAAAAUAAGUGUGUGUUGUGUAUAGUGAUAUAUAUUUUAUGUUUACCCAACACCUGUGCUAAACUUUGUGCUUGGCUUUGAAUUAUAUGUAUGUUUACACCUGACUUUUUAAAUAAAAAGGAAAACUUAAAGGUUAUGGAAAGAUUUUUUUUUUAAUUGUUAGCAUCUAGUCACUUGGUAUGUCUUAGACCUUUAGUGUUUAAAUAAAAACCUUUUGAGAAUAAUGGCACGUUAUUUGGAAUAACUCCAGAUCCAGAGGACCCUGCUUUCUCCUCGCGUAUCCGCAGCUGGUCCCACUUCAGCGGCAGGCUCCUGGGCGCUGGCAGCAAUCGUCCUGCCUCCUCCUCAGCAUGCCCAGCGCGCCCUGGGGGAGGAGGGCAGAGCCCUCCCGUCUCCCCUGGCUUUGCCCCAGGCGGAAGCAGACCCGGCCACAGCCUUCGUUUGCUCAGCCCUGUCUUCCUCCAGGUAAUAUGACCAGCCUGAGCUCUUAUCUAGAAUUAGGGUGAGGCUUCUGGGAGGUUUUGAAAUGGGGACAAUUAUAGAGAAGAUGGAAGGGAGAUUUGGAGAGAAUGUCAGCGCCCAGCCCUGUGGGGCAAGCUCAUUUUCACUGUGACUGAAGGCAAGGGGAAUGGAUCCUCAGUUUCUCUACCAAUUAGCAGGUUGGCCAUUGACCCGCUUAGUGGAAGACCAUUGAAUGUCAGUCAGCUCUUUCUCAUUUUGGAUCCCCAUCAAUUGUUUGUAUGAUUUAGUACAUGAAGUCCAAUAAAGUCUCUGUGGAUAUGUAGUGUUGUACAUAAAGGCAGUUUUGUAAAUGUGAAAUAACCUCAAAUACGUUGUGUUUUAUAUGCAUAGCCACUGGUGUUAUUUUGGCCACUUUUUAUUCAAAAUAAAUAACAUA